AUGAUCGUGACUGGUGGCACGGAGACGCACCUCUUAUUGGUUGACCUUCGACCAAUCAAAUUGGACGGUGAUAGGGUCAAUACUGUGAUGGACCAUUUAGAUGUUACGGUAAACAAAAAUGCAGUGCCCGGUGACAUCGAUGCCAUGCAUCCGAGUGGCAUUCGUCUGGGCACUCCGGCCUUAACUUCGCGCGGCUUCCAGCUGGAGGAUAUGGACCGUGUCGCCAAGUUUAUACAUCGUGGCAUCCAGCUGGCUCAGAAGAUUACAAAACGCGCCGCCUCAGCUAACAUCAAGGACUUUGAGGCUAUUUUAACUUCUGAUGAGGAGGUGAAGGCUUGCGUGAAGACGAUCCGCGCAGAGGUUAUCGAAUUUGCGAGUUCAUUUCCCCUGCCCGGCAUGCCAAAGUCCCAGGCCUGA